ACUUCAUUUUUUUGUUUUUUAUAUAUAUAGUCUUGGAGGAUGUAUAGUUCACUUACAAAAGACCUUAAACAUGUCAAGAUCUUAAUUAUUGACAAUUAUGAUUCAUAUACCUUCAAUAUGCUACAACUUAUUCAAUGUGAAGUAGUAGUUAUUCGAAACGACCAAUAUACCUGGCAAGAGUUUUCUACCAAUAUUUUACCUCACUUUGAUAGUGUUAUUAUAUCUCCAGGACCUGGUAGACCUGAAAGGGAAGCAGAUUUUGGUAUUUGUACUCCACUUUUGAAAGCACAGUUAGAUCAAGAACAAUCUCAACAUCAUCGACCUAUAUUUGGUAUCUGUUUAGGACAUCAAGGGAUUGGUUAUUUACUAGGGGGAAAGGUAGAUUAUGCUCCAAGGAUUAUGCAUGGACGAAUGUCAGAAAUUCAUGCCAUAAAACAUAAUGAUGAUAUGGUGUAUGGGAAUAUAUUUCAUCAUUGUUCUAUACCUUUUUGGGCUGUACGAUAUCAUUCUCUUGUGAUCGAUCCAUCAAGUUUACCUUCUUGUUUGAUACUUACAGCUUAUUGCCAAGAAAAUGACGCUGAUAUGAAUGCAUUGAAAAACUCAGUGUUUUUAUCCGAUGACAAACAUGACGACAAAUCAAUGAACCAUCGAAAUCAUUUUUUAGAUCAUCUACCAUCAUCACCAUCAACACAAUUAAAACACCAUGCUCUCACUGUGAUGGGAUUUCAACAUAAAACCUUGCCAUUAUGGGGUGUACAAUUUCAUCCUGAAUCUGUUUCUACUGAACAUGGUCAAAUAAUGAUGGACAAUUUUAUUAUGCAAACUUAUGAAUGGAUGAAAAAGACUGGACGACCUCUCAUGACAAAGCCCUUGGAUUCGACAAUUCAAUCCUGUUCCGUAACAUCAACAUCAAAAAUUCUUCCUUGCCCACCAACAAAUACUGCUGAUGCAACAUCUGCCUUUACACUUCAUACCAAGCGCUGUUUUCCUCAUUGGGUGGACCCAGAGUAUUUGGUAGAAGAUUUAUUGAAUGGAGAUACUGUGGAAGGCUUAAAAGUGAAAUCGAUUAGUUGGCUUGACAGUAGUAGAAAAUCGUCACCAUAUUCGCAAAUAUCCAUUCUUUCUGUGGAUCCAGCAUUGACAGUUCGUUAUUCAACAUUACAUCGACAAAUCAAUAUUCAAGAUCGCCAUGAUAAACAUACUGUGGAAUUCUUGCACAACAAGGAUACCUUUUUCGAUUAUAUAUCAAGAUGGUUGGAAAGUAUUGGAAAAGUGUCUGCUCGACAGAUUUCUGAUAAACUUCAAGAUAUCAAUGACGAUGAUGAUCUAUCUCAAGCACCUUUACAAACUUUUCUUGGUGGAUUGACAGGAUAUUUUGGCUAUGAGAUGAAAAGAGAAAGCUUGGAUGGAUACGAAACACCCUUGGAGCAACAAUGUCAUUGUACUCAUCAUGAUGAACAACCUAUCUCGAAAAAUAUGAACUGUUGUAAUUGUAUGGAAGAACCAGACGCCGCGUUUCAUUUUAUCGAUCGCUUUUGGCUAUUUGAUCACGAACAACGACAACUAUAUGCAUGUGGUCUAGUGAAAAAUCAGCAAUAUAACAUAUUUACGAAUGAUCAGAAAUGGGUGCCUGGAUUUGCAGGAAUGGAUGAUUUGAUGGGAUGGAUACAAACAACUGAACGCAUGAUACUUCAUACUAUGGAAAAUAUUCGACGUCGACAAAUGACAAAUGACUUUACCAAUUUAACACCUUCAUCUUCAACAUGUACGACACCUAUUCCCAAAUCCAUGAUAUUGGAUCAAGCAGCUCCUAUGGGAUCUGAUCUUUUUACCGCCAACGUCCAGCAUGAUGCCUAUUUACAGUCUAUUCAACAAUGUGUUCAACAAAUCAAGGAAGGUGAAUCUUAUGAAAUAUGUUUGACAACCAGGUUUCGAUUGACUCUUCCCAACGACUUGGAUGAUGAUGAUGAUGAUAAUGAUAUGAUAGAUGCUAACACAAAGAUUCACAAGUUAUGGAAAUUAUAUACACAUCAUUUACGAAAAAACAAUCCUGCACCUUUCUCAGCACUCAUCCAUUUCCCUGGUGAUCAAGUUCUUCCGGCAUUUGGUCUACUUGGAUCAAGUCCCGAACGUUUCUUAAAGGUGGAAAACGGUGUGGCAGAAAUGAAACCUAUCAAAGGUACCAUGGCACGCGCUCUUCAUUGUGUGUGUGAUCCUCAUGAAUGUGAUUUUGGUCCCAGAUGUGAACAAGUCAAAUUAGAAGAAGAUCAUCGACGGAAACAAAAGUUAUGGGAAGAUGUCAAAGAGAGAGCCGAAAAUCUGAUGAUUGUGGAUUUGAUUCGAAAUGAUCUUGCUCAAGUAUGUGAUCCCAAUACUGUCCAAGUCCCUAAAUUGAUGCAUGUAGAAACUUAUGAAAAAGUACAUCAUUUAGUAUCUACAGUCCGUGGUACUUUGCAACCUAAUGUUAAUUGUGUGGAUGCAUUGAAAAAAUGUUUCCCACCAGGUUCAAUGACUGGCGCACCCAAACUACGAUCUGUUCAGCUUUUAGAUGAAUUGGAACAUUAUAAACGUCGAGGUGUUUAUUCUGGAUGUCUAGGUUAUUUGUCUUUAAAUGGAAGCGCUGAUUUCAGUGUAGUGAUUCGAACAGCUGUGGCAACAUCAACAUCAUCUGGUCAAGUUGAAUUAUCAGUAGGUGGUGGUGGUGCUAUUACCUUUUUAUCAGAUCCUGAACAAGAAUGGAAAGAAACUUUAUUAAAAACCAAGAGUGUGGCUCCUAGUGUCAAGGAAUAUUUGGAACAACAGUAGACACCCCCCUUCUUCACAUUCCUAUUAGAUAUAUAUAUAUAUAUAUAUAUGUAUGACCAGAAAAUAAUAAUAAUAAUAAUAAUAAAAAUUAGAAUCUUCCCCCCUCUUUACUUUUCUUGUCAUGCUAUAAACUUGUCAUUGGGAUUUUAGUGCAACGAGGGAUGAAUGGAUUGCUAUGGAUGAUGGAUGAUUGAAUGCUCGCCAAAUCAAUCAAUCUUCCUAGCUUCUCUCACUCACUCAUAUCUACCUUUCCUUCCGCUGAUUCGUUCAUAGAUCACUUAUUAGUUAUAUUAUACCUGCCAUUCUGUUCUUCUUUAAUAAAAUCAUGUAUCUACAAUAAUUCCAUCAUCAUUGUUAUAACCUGUCGUUUUCAUUAUCAUUAUUCGCCAUCCUCCAAUCAUCCCGUCAUCCAUUAUCAUCCAUAUUAUCCCUCAUCUAUCAUUUAUAUUCAGUUUUCAGAUCUAUAUAGAAUAAAAAAA